AUGACCUACAGUAGGAUAUUUAGGAAUUCCUAUGAUAGAGGGGAUCAGAGAUCGAACAAAGCCAUUUUUAGAGCACUAUUAGACAGAAUCUGGAAAAGGUUGCAAGGGUGGAAAGAGAAAUUGCUUUUGAGAGCCAAGAAGGAGGUACUUUUAAAAUCGAUUAUUCAAGCUAUCCCGACUUACUUGGUGGGGGUUUAUAAGUUUUCGAGUUCUGUGAUCCGGAGUAUUCAAUCGGCCAUGGCUAAGUUUUUUUGGGGUCACACGGGUUCACAAAGGAAAAUUCAUUGGAAAUCAUGGGAUACAAUGAGUACGCCUAAGUGCCUAGGGGGGAUGAGGUUUAAAGAUUUGGAGGUUUUCAAUGUUGCUUUGCUAGGAAAACAAGCUUGGAAACUAGUGCACAAGGAGAAUUAUCUUUACAGUAGAGUCAUGAAAGCAAAAUAUUUUCCCAACAGCUCUUUCCUUGAUUCUUUUUUGGGGACAGCGGGCAGCUACUGUUGGAGGAGUAUAUGGAGUGCGAAAGCGUUGUCGAAAGAAGGGUUGAUUUAG